GAGAGGUUCCUGUAUCUUCUCUGGAUUUGCCGUGACGCUCUGAUGUUUGUGUGCUCUGUGGCGAAGAACAGUGGGGUCCACACAAAAGGAAUAGCUACCCGCAACAACUCUUCAAAAAUAAAGAAGCACAAUGGAUGAAGAGGAGCAGUUUGUGAACAUUGAUUUAAAUGACGACAAUAUCUGCAGUGUCUGCAAGCUAGAGACGGAUACAGGGACCACGUCUUUCUGCCAUGUGUGCUUUGAACUCAGCAUUGAAGGUGUCUCCUCUACUACCUUGUUGCACUCAAAGUCCCUACGCGGCCACAGAGACUGCUUUGAGAAAUGCCACCUCAUCGCCAACCAGAAGCUGUCACGUUCCAAGGUCUCCAGAAGUGCUUACGAGGGCAUGAAACUUGCCUUCAGCCAGAAACUGAACCGCAUCAUCCAGUAUGCCCAGAACAAAGACUCUGUCUCCUCUAACGGCCCGGGCAGACGAGGGUCCAAGCUCCUCUGUUACAGCCAGCAGAGCGACCGCAAGAUGCUGCCCCAGUCGGAUGCCCAUGUGCCCCGCUACACGCCCUGCUGGGAUACAGGCAAGGCCACAGAGAGGCCGGACUACACCAUGGGGGUGUUGGAGUGCCACACAGUGGAGAAGCUGGGGCUGCUGCAGGAGGCUCACUCUGACGUCUGGUCCGGUGACGGAAGGAAAGGUCUACACAGCCGGAACCAAUUAUCAGGAGGACAGGCACAGCGCAGACACCAGGGCCACAGCACUGAUGAAUUGAGUAAAAUGAGUGUGGACCAACUCCAUCAGCUGAACAGCCAGCUGCUGAUGCAGAUUCAGAAGGUGUUUGAGGAGCUGACUGAUGCCGUGCAGGAGAAAGACUCGUUGGCGUCAGAGCUGCAAGUGCGUCACAUCGCCAUCGAGCAGCUCUUUAAGAACUGUGCCAAGCUGCCCUGGCUGAACAUCAGCAGGGCGGGGGUCAAGGCCAGCAGCAGCAGUGACCCUGUGGAGUGAGGAGCACUAACGCUGAAACGCCUUUAUGUAUAGAGAGUGACUUUUACGACACAGCGCUAGGGGCCGCGUGGAUGCGACCUCUGCUCUGGUGGUAGCGGUGAUGAUGCAGUUUAAUCAAAUACCUGGUCUGUGAACUGAACUGCCCAUGUCAUGUAGCAAGGAUGCAUGUAAAUACCGGGGGGGUCCGGAUCAGCUUCCUGGCGCUGAUAGAUGACAACGUGUCUUAUUGGACAUGCUCCUUUAAAAAACAUAUUUUAAGAUCUCCCUCAAAACAUAGUGAAAACGUUUUAAUCUUACACAGCUGACUGGUUUGUUUUAUUUUAUCUUGCUAAGCUUGCUGUUUCACUUUCUUAUGGUUUUCAUCUCUGUGGAUACAUUUUAACGUUUUCUCAUUAUAUCAGACGUGGAUAUUUAAAUCUGGGUCUUAGCUUUGCAUAACACUCCUACAUAUUAUCUGAUGGUUGUGUGUAGAAAGGGAUGAGCUGCCGUAUGUUAUAACAUGGUGCAGAAUACAUAAAGCAGAUGAGCUGGAUGAUAUGUAUCAUAUUCCCAGAUGCUGGCAGCAGUAUUGUUGGAUAACUGCUCAUAAGUGAAGCAUGGACCAGGGUUCAGCCUUUUCUUCCAGCAGCAAAGUGACAAUAUAACACUCAUUUUCAACUUGCCUUCGAACUGCCCUCAUUUGAGUUGAUAUGAGAGCUGUGGUAAGCAAAUAGUAAAAAAAAAAAUCAAGUCCAAUGUGGUAAAAGGCAUGGGCAAUACAACACCAUAAAGCACUGCUGCAGUAAAGCCAAAUCAAAAAGUGUGACGGUAAAGGGCUGUACCGGCUCUGCAGGCUUGGGUUUGAGGGAGAUGACUACUUUGGGAGUGUCUGUGAAUAAUACUGAAAACAUAAAAUCAUGGGCAAACAGCAAGUGGAAAUAUCAGUUAUUAUACCUGUGGCUUAAAGUCAGGUAUUUUGAUUUGAAUUCAGCUUUUGUUUUUAUAGUAUUUUAAUUGCUGGUGAGAUUUACUUGAUAUUUAGCUGUCAAGCACAAGCCGUAUGUAUGGCUAUACACUGAACGAGGGCUAUUGCAACAAGAGAGGUUAAACUUAUAAAAAGAAAUCUAGCUGCCAAACCAAAGUCUGUAUUUGUUCUGUUUCCCAUUAGCAGAGGAAGAUGCAAUACCAAACUGAUUAAAAGUGUAUUUGAUUUACUUCUUGCUUCAGUGUUUAUAAUAAUGAACUAUAGAUUUUUACUCUACAGAUGGGGACAUGACGUGUUCUCAAGUACACACGGUGUAUGUUUUAUGAUUUAUUCCUUAAAGGUUGUCUUUCAUGUGCAGUGGUAACUAGUGUUACUUUCUCAUGUGCUCUAUGUGUGAGAGCUGCUUUGAUGUCACAGCAAUACAAACUGAAUAUUUUGCUCUACUGUGUACUGUGAGACAAAAAGGACGUAGGGACUAUUCUAACAAUGUGGUUCGUUUGUGAUUCAGGCACCUAUGCAAAAAAAGUAUAAAAAAAACAGAAACCUUAUUGAAUAUAAAUAUCUAAAAGAAUAUUAGUCCUCUGGGUUUCUGUCAGAAGAGGUCUCAGCUACCUGAGUAUCAAAAGAAAGGUUAUGUUUGGAAAGACUCGCAUUUUCUCUUCUGCUCUCUCUUUGUAAGAGAUUAAAUGUAUUUGACCCCUUUAGGGUUUAAGAUUUUAGCAUUAUUUUAAAUGAAAUGGUUCAGUGUGCUUGAGCUUUUUUCAGAUUAAUGGUCCUUAAUGCAAGUCCUCCAAUCUUCAGUUUUUAUGUGUUUUAAAUAUGAAUGCUGUGUGAACAUGCCUGGCUGCCUGGCUCUGUUUUCCUGGAGAUGUUACACCUCCUGAUGUUAGACUUGACUCUUGUUGAACGAAGCUACAUUUGUGUUGUGUGGUGAAUAUUUAUUGUGUUCCUGGACCUUCACAUGCUGUGUUUUUGUGCUUAAGUGACUGUUUGUAUUUUUUGUAAAAUAUUUCAAUAAAACUAUUUUUACUA